UGCAACAGUGCAUGGAAAGAAUGACGAACCCUCAUUUUUUUUCCUCCUUUUUAUUUGGCUCUUGGAUCAUGGGUUCAUGGAGCAAAGAGGGAUGACUGGGUUAGGAACAAGUGGACCUACAUAGACCUUUUAUGCCUAAAGGCCAGCAUGAGGGCUGAGAUGGGAAGAGAAUUCCACAGAGCUAGCUUGCUUCUGAGUUAAAUUAGAAAAUGUAUGGGUACGCUUGCGUUCUGGUUCAACAUAUUAAUGCAGUAAUGGUAGUUAUUAAAACUUAUUUUGGAAUAAUAAAGCAGUGGGAUGACCUGCCUUUUCCCCCAGUUAAAAUAAAGCUGAAAGGAAUCUCAACCUGACCUGCUGCCUGUUGCCCUAAUAAUCUGAAGUGGAGACUUACAUUUUAACUUUGGAUUCAGCAAAUAGUUUGACAAUACAAACUAGCGAAGUAAAUGCCUAAUCCGAUUGCUUGAGUCAACUUUUAUGACUGUUCUUUCAAUUCCGUUCUUUCCAUUAUGGAUCCCUCCAGAUUAAUUGGGCUACAGUUCUCAUCAUUCUUAGCCAAGAUGGCUAUGUUUGGAGUUGUGGUGCAGUGCAUCUGGAGGACACACUUUGGGAAGGCUGGGCUUCAUGAUACGAUCUUGGUUGUGGUGAAGGUAUCACACAGCACAUAUUAGAACCCUUAAAAAUGCCAAAAAUAAAUGCUUAUAAAGUUUUCCUCCUCUUUUGGUAUUAUUUUGUUCUUCUUUUCCCUCACCAUUUUCUUCUUGCCCUUUUCUGUUUUUUGUAGAAGGGAUUCCAUGAUUAUUCUGUAGCUGCUCUGCCUCAUUUAAUACUUUGUGCCAAUUACAGGUGGUCUCCUAAAUUUGGUGAAAUCAAUUUACAAAUUUCUCCAGCUUGCUUGGAGCUGGUUCAUCCCGUUCCAAACUGUGAUAUUGACUCCGUUGAUGAGCUGAUGGUAGGCUAAAUUUUGAGAAUCACACUGUUCCCUUUAUCAGAUGAAUGGUUAUUCCCACUAAUUCCAUGGAUUGAGUAAAAUUGAGCCGACCGAAGACCGCAUUUAACAUUUAUCAAGGUCGGUGAAAUGAGAACUCAAAUUGUUGGGGGCAAUAUGCUGACUCUGUAAAUCACUUAGAGAGGGCUGUAAAGCACUGUGAAGUGCUAUAUAAGUCUAUUCCUAGGUAGCAGAUGACUUAUGGGAGCUUGAGGUACUGAUUUUUGAUAUAGUAACAUACUCCAUUGUUCCACUUAUUUUUAAGUAGAAACCUGGGUAUAACUAUUUUUAUAGAAGUAUAAGCAUAUCUAAAAAUGAUUAUGAGGUUGGGUAUCUUCCAGGUAUUUUUUUUAAAACAUUCUAAAUACAGAUUAAUAUUUAUUUCAGGCUAUUUUCUUAAGAACCAUUGACCAAUCUCUCAACUAGCUAAUAUACUACUGGUUUAUUUCUUUAAAAAUUUUUUUAAAAAACACUUAAUGUUCUAUGGGUUUCUCCAUUUAGUAGUUUUAAAGAACUAAAGGCUUAGAAUGAGGAAUUAACUGCCCUCCUCAAAGGUGGACUUUUGCAAUGGCUAUGUGUAGGUGGCUGUGACCUGCUGCUCUGGUUUCAUUAAGUUUCUAUUUGAACACUUGAUCUUCUUUUAGUAAUGAGCAAGGUCUAUUUUUUCUCUGAUCCCUUGCGAGGUCUCUCUGGGACAUUGGCAGCUCUUGUCAUUUUGGCAAAAAAACAAUCACACACAGGCAAUCUGUUCCCAAACACUUUGUUCUGCCUGACUGCUGUGCUUUUUGAAUGAGUGAACAACGCUCAGCACCCUAGGUUAUCAAUUAGUGUGUGGCAGCUUCUUCACAUGCUGAGAGCAGAUUUAGCUGUGUGUUUGGGGGGAGAGGGGAGAGAUCACGCCUGACUUAUGGAAACUUCUUUUCUUUUUGUAGUGCUGUGUAUCAAAAGAGCCAAGGUGGCGCAGUGGUUAGAGUGCAGUAUUGCAGGCUAUUUCUGCUGACUGCCGGCUGCCCGCAAUUUGGCAGUUCGAAUCUCACCAGGCUCAAGGUUGACUCAGCCUUCCAUCCUUCCGAGGUGGGUAAAAUGAGGACCCAGAUUGUUGGGGGCAAUAAGCUGACUCUGUAAACCGCUUAGAGGGGGCUGUAAAGCACUGUGAAGUAGUAUAAAUGCUAUUGCUAUAAUGGGCAGAGAGUUGUGGAGUAGAAUGUUCACUUCAAUCUGUCUAAUAGUGGAAGUUUUGGGGGCAAAGUUUUUAUUUAUUUUUAUUUAUUUAAAACAUUUAUAUAGCUGCUGAUCUUUCAACCAACUCUGGGCAGCUCUGUGAUCUGCAUGAUCACGUGACCAGUAUUCAGAUGCUUGGCAACUAGUUCAUAUUUAUGACGGUUGCAGUGUCCCAUGGUCAUGUGAUCCCCUUUUGUGACCUUCUGGCAGGCAAAGUCAAUGGGGAAACCAGAUUCACGUAACAACAAAGGUAUUAACUUAUCAACUGCAAUGAUUCACUUAACAAUGGUGGCAAGAAAAGUCGUAAAAUGGGGUCAAACUCAUUUAACAACAGAAAUUUUGGGCUCAAUUGUAGUUGUAAGUCAAGGACUACCUGUAGUUACAAAAAUUCUUCGGUAAGAAAAAUGGGCUGGUCUGACAUUAAAAAGGCACCAGAGUGAACGUCUCAAUAGGCAUGCCAUAGAAGAAAACAUUUUCAGAUGGCGUUGUAAGAGAAGAUUCACAGCUGAAUAAGAUGCUAAAGGUUGGAAAUCGAAAGGGUUCGAAGGAAUCUCAUGAAGGGCAAUGUUUUGCAGAGUGAAGUACUUCAUUAUUUCUGAGGAGAUUAGGUACCACAGUAGGCAGAACUAUAGCUAUUAAUGGGGCUGGUGUACUCUCCGUAUUUUGUCUAGCUUUGUGGGAGGCAGUUGGGGAGGGUGCACGCCUCAUAAAUUUAAGCCUAAAUUCUAGAGUUUGUGCUGUAGUUUUUGCAUGUUCCUUACCUCAGCAAAUCAUGCCACUGAUUUUCAGCAGCUGUGGUUCAAAGGGUCCUGCAAAUAAAUCAAUCCAUAUCAGGGGUGAAAUCCAAAUUUUUUCCCUACCGGUUCUGUUGGUGUGGCUUGGUGGGCGUGGCAGGGGAAGGCUAUUGCAAAAUCUCCAUUUCUACCCCACUCCAGGGGAAGGAUACUGCAAAAUCUCCAUUCCCUCUCCUCCUGGGGGAAGGAUAUUGCAAAAUCUCCAUUCCCACCACACUCUGAGGCCAGCCAGAGGUGGUAUUUGCCAGUUCUCCAAACUUCUCAAAAUUUCCACUAUCGGUUCUCCAGAACCUGUUGGAACCUGCUGGAUUUCACCCCUGAUCCAUAUGUCAAUUGAUCCCUGGAGCUCAGGUUGUCCAUCUCUGAUCUAGAAGUAUAGAUAUAUGAUAGAGAAGGCAUCAUAUAUUCUGCAUCAACUCCAUUUGUAAAUUGUGUGCUCAGCUACUUUUGCUAAAAUAGUCCAUACUCCUUGACCAGAACAAAUGGCUCAAGUUGACAGAUGUCCUUUGAGGGUAGAAGAUAGAGGAAUGAUGAACUACCAGAUGCCAAGGUGUAGUGAUCUCAUGCUAACAGGGCUGAUAAUACUUUGAGUUACAGAAAAGGUUUUAUUCAUCCUUCCUGAAGUAUAUUCUUACAUACCAUUCUUCCCCCUGGAGUAUGUCAGAAAGUUGGACUUUGCCUCCCCAAAUUUCAAGGAAGAAUGCUUGAAGAGAAAUCUCUGGGAGAUAUCAGGCUGGGGAGUAUUACGGGCUAUUUUUAAAAAAAUGACAGGCUGGUCAGGAGAAAGAUCUCUUGAAUCAAAAUCUUUGGCAUUCUUGUCACUGAAAUUUAAUAUUCUCUAUAUUUCCCUUCUGUUGUCUAUGGGAAAUUUAGGAGAGCAGGGUUGGUCAGCGCUCAAGGUAGCUCAGUCCGGCCAAAGUUCAGUGUCUCCUGCUGCUCUGCUGCCAUGGCUAAAACACGUCAAAUUCCAGUCUAAAGCAACUGUAAGAAGCUUAAUCAAACUCCUUGGCAAGCAAUAUGUGUGGAAUUCAACCAGAGCGAAGAUCUCAGAGUAACAGUUGGAAAAACUAAAUGGGGGAGGAGGUGUCCAAAAUCUUGUGAAAAAAUCCACUCUGAAUAUCAAAGAAAUAUUACCAGCCAGCUAACAGUGGUCUGGUUGGUAUAAAGCAUAAAGCAGCUUUCAGUUUUCCUAUACAUUGUAUUUCCAUAAGCUGGGGUGUGUAUGUGUGUAUGUCUGUGUGUUCUUUCAAAUAAUCGUCUUCAACACGCGAGUGGAUAUUUUUUCCUGUCUCCCCUUCAGCCACAAUCGUCCUUUAUUUUGAAGGUGCUUUGCCUUCUUUUAUAAGCUACAUGCUGUCAUUUCAUUUCCCAUUACAGACAACUCCAUUUCAUCCCUAGGAAUUUUGAUAAAAAUAGUUUGUCUGAUGAACCAGGACAUAAUCUAGCUUGGCAACGUUUGAUAAUUUUCUGUGUUAGUUGUGAAUCUGUUUUUCUUUCCUUUCAGUCCUGCCCAACCAGUGAUCAAUGUAUUUCCAUUCACCCAGCAUUGCAUCAAGUUCUUAUAGCGGUAGAGGUUUCUUUCUCUUAUGGAUACCCCAGGCCCAGUCCUGGUGUCUCUGAAUCAGCUGAUCCUUCUUGUCUAGUUGUUUGGUUUCCAGCUUCCCAAAGACAGGAUGGCUAGUGCCUAAAAUAAGUCUUGGUAUCUGUUGCUGAAAAAAAGAAUGUGAGGAAGAAACACCUAAAUUAUUAGUAAAAGGAGGACCUGAAUGAUUAGAAUACAGGUGACCAAUGAAAUUACACCUGUCCUAUCGUACUCUUACAUGGCAGUAUUGGUGCCCAUCUUCCUACUCACAGACUAUCUGCGGUAUAAGCCAAUGUUGGUGCUGCAGAGUUUGAGCCACAUUGCUAUCUGGCUGCUGCUGAUCUUCGGUACCAGCAUCAUUGCCAUGCAGUUCAUGGAGUUUUUUUACGGCGUCACGAUGGCUACGCGGAUAGCCUAUUCCUCCUACAUCUUCACCCUGGUCACUCCGUCGCGCUAUCAGCGCAUGGCCAGUUAUUCCCGGUCUUCAGUGCUGAUGGGCGUCUUCACCAGUUCCAUGGUGGGACAACUCUGUGUCACAGUUGGAGGCACCACCUUCAUGACAGUGAAUUAUAUCUCAUUGGGCUUCAUGUGCUUUGGGCUGGUCUUGACUCUCUUCCUGAAGCGUCCAAAACGCAGCCUCUUCUUCAACAGGAACAAGAGCUGGUGUAAUGGUACUUCGCCCUCAGAACUGGACAAAAUGAACCCUGGGGCAGGAGAGCCCAUGUGGCAUAAGGCCUCUUCCUGGAAAAAUCUGGUCUUAUUCCGGAUGCUAAAGGAGUUGGGGACUAUUGUACAAAUGCCGCAGCUGAGACUUUGGUCCCUUUGGUGGAUAUUCAAUUCUGCUGGCUACUAUCUGAUGCUUUAUUAUGUGCACAUUUUAUGGAAUGAAAUAUAUCCCGCCAAGGACAGCAGAAAGGUCUACAAUGGUGGAGUGGAAGCUGUUUCUACCCUACUUGGUGCUAUCACUGCUUUUUGUGCUGGCUUUGUGAAGAUCCGAUGGGCCUUUUGGUCAAAACUGGUGAUUGGAGUUGUGACAGCAGUCCAGGCAGGCCUAUUGUUAUUGAUGAACACAACUGCCAAUAUUUGGUUGUGCUAUGUGUCCUAUGUCCUCUUCAGGGGCUCCUACCAGUUUCUCGUGCCUAUAGCCAUCUUCCAGAUUGCAUCUUCGCUGUCCAAAGAACUCUGCGCUCUGGUGUUUGGUGUCAACACUUUCCUUGCCACAGUUCUCAAAACCAUCAUCACUAUCAUCAUAACCGAUAAAAGAGGUCUGGCUCUCCCAGUCCAUCCCCAGUUCUACGUUUACUUUGGCUACUUCACUGUUCUGGCCACGCUGUAUCUUUUGUCAUUUGUGUACAUGAUGGCCAGGCACAAUGCUUGCAAGGCACCCCAACAAGAGACCACACCAGCCAAGGAACUCUGCAGCCCAGUUCAGGGGGAGAACUUGGACAAGGAGGGAAGCCCAGAACUGGCUAGUUCCAAAGCCUGAGGAACAGCACAAUGUGUGUAUGUACAUGGAGAUGAGUUUUCCUGCAAGGUCUCAGUUGAGAUGAGACCAGUGCAGCUGUCAUGACAAUCAGCACUUAUCAAAGUCAAUGCAUCCCUAUUUUCACAAUAUUGGAUCUCUGCAGAAGCUCAGAGAAAAGCUUGCUUGGUUUCAAAUGCAACCUUGGUGCAGUUGACUUUUCUGGCAGCUACAGUUCUCCGUUUCUUGAGCCAAGUUAUACUGAAAUAUUUACCAAUAUUGUAAUUGGGCACUUAAUUUUAUGUUUGUAUGAAUUUGCUUUUAAACAUUUAUGUUCCUAGUUCUGUCAUGUAAAUUUGCCAAUCACCAGAGCAAGCUAGACUAAGGCACUUUUAACGUUGAUACUGGUUAAUAUACUGUGAUGUGACUCAUAGUAAUGGAAAACACGUCUGUUUUCCCCUUAUAGGAAAACAGAUACUUUUUGCAUUUGACCCCUGGUGAUUGUAAUCUGCCACACUCAGAAAACAUAUUGCAAAGAAUGACAUUACCAGGCUUAAAAAAUGCCCUUAAAUUCAUGAAAAUACUGACAUAGGACCAAAGUGAACUAGGCAAUCCAGUCGACUUCAUUGGAAACCAAGAGCUUGCAUUUUUAUUAAUGCUUGUGCUCAGGGGUGAAAUGCUCCCAGUUCGGACCGGAUCAUGUGAUCCGGUAGUGAUGGGGGGCAGGUAGUUUGGAGAACCAGUAGCAAAAAUCCCUGUCCCCCCAACGCCUCGCUAUUCCUCUUCUCUGUCCCUGAAGCUCUCGGUGGUGAUAUAGCUGCAAACGGCUUUAAAUGACUGCCCUGGCGCUUCAAAGGGCCGCAGUACAGCUGAUCAGCACUGUAGGCGGAUAGUAGGCCGGUGCCUCUAUUUUUAAAGAGGGUAGACUGGUGCCUCCCAAAAAAAGGCAAUUGGUAGACCAGUGCCUCUAUUUUUAAAGAAGGUAGACCGGUGUGCUCCCAAGUUUUGUAUACUUUAUUAUUUUUAUUAUUGAUUAUUAUUGGCCAUGCCCAUUCAGUCACCUGACCACCAAGCUACACCCACCAAUUAAGCAACGCCCACAGAACCGAUAGGGAAAAUUUUUAGAUUUCACCCCUGCUUGUGCUCCUCUUUCACAAGACUCAAGCAUUUCUUUUCAAGCCAUUUUUUUUUUAAAUGGAGCUGACUCACAUGAUCCCUUCAGGAGCCCGCUGGAGAAGCACGAUUUGAAAGGAAACUAGGUCAGAACGUAAGCAGAGAAAUUUCAAGCAGCAGCUUGUAUGUAUUUCUAAGCUUGUUGAACAUUCUAGUUUACAAUGCGUAUUUUUUUAUUAUUUCAAAGAUGCAGCAAGUCUUACGGCUUAGGAGUCAUAGCUUCCAACACUGAAGCUCUGGGUCCUCCCCGGAUGCUGGUAUACCCAGAAGCAUCUCUUACCAGUUCUUAUGCUCCAGUCCAGGUUUAAGAUUUCAGUAAAGACCCACUACAACGCAGUCAGGAGGAUACUUUCCUUUAUUCAGUGCCUUUAGAAAACAGUUUAUAAUACACAUCACGCAACUGACAAAGAUAUAAAGGUCCACAGGCUUUUAAAACUGCAUUAAAAUGUCACAAAAUACAGUAGACAGUAAGAAAACUGACUGUAUGACUUUUCCCCACCGCAGUAAUAACAUUUUAUUAGGACAAUUAAAAACAAAGCUUAGGUAGGAAUUUAGCACCUUGGUUUUUAAAAACCAGCUCAAAUGAAUGGAUAUGGAGCAAGCAUCAGCCUGGCUUGAGUUUUGGGACCGGUGAUGUGGAUCAGACAUUCCAUAGCAGUUAAGUCUACCCGCAGAGGAGAGAUGCCAAGCUGCUUUGCUGCGACUUGCCCUUACGAUGGCUUUUUUAAAAUGGCUGCAGUCAGGGUCAGGAAUCCAGCCAGGCUUUUAUAGGGGAACGAAGCACUUAAAGACAUAACUCCAGUCUGUGCUCCAGACGUCUCCGCCUCUUGAAAUAUCCUUGUGCUUUUAAUGCUUUGGAAUGUGUGCGCAUGGUUCCUGUCCCAGUGUUAGGAGACACAAUUAAAGACUGGAGGGGUGGGUCCCUUUUAACUUUGGUUUGAGAGGGUUGGCUAACAGCAUUUAACUGAUUUCAACCUCCAGCCUCCACUAGCGUGUGGGGGGGGAGGGGUUUGUCAGGAUUUUAGCUGACAUACUGAAGGCAGCUCCUUGUGGGUGCAUUUGGCCUUCUUGUCUAAUCCGCUGUUACCUGGCAACUGCUUUUUAAAGCCAGAAGGCUUGUUAUGUGUUCUCUGGUUAUUUUGUAGCUGAGAUUUGAAGGCAAAUGGGAUGGUCGGCCUGGAACAAACUCUCUCUCUCUCCAAGAGGUGGCUGCUAUCAACAGGGCCAGGGAAGAAGAUUGGCAGGGCUCUGAUAACUAAUGGGAACUCUGGGGUCCCCAGAUUUUGCUGUAACUCACUCUGUGUGGCAAAUGUUGGGCAGAGGUAAAGAAUGGCAACUUCCCUGCAAGGCAGAGAAGAAAAAUAUUUUUUAACAAUAACAACAAAUCCUCAAUAAAGGAGCAAAAUACAGAUUCUUUUUUGUGACAGUUUUGCUCCGAUUGUGUUUCCCUCCAGGCCUCCAAGGAAAACCCUACAUUUAAAUUACCUUUAAGGUGGUUCCUUUGAACACUGCUGUCUCUCUGAAGAACAAGAAAUGGGUAAUUAAAGAACAUAGGAAGAAUGGU